UUAUUCGGCUCAGUCAUGGCGUGAGGUGCUUCAAGUUGAAAUUUUGAACCCGGAAACAGCUCCAUCUUUCGCCACCAAUGGCGCGUGCGCGUUGCACCGUCUUCUCCCUCCUCUUACCUUCGAAUAACCCUACUAGCAGACGAACCUAUCCUCUGCUAUUAGUUUCUUCUAUUCCUACUUCAAAACCACCAAGAAUCAGGCUUAGGAGGAAAAACCAUUUGAGACCAAAAAUUCUGAAAACUCUCACUAAAUCCCACCCACCCAUCACUCCUCUUCCACCUCAAGAAUCUCCUCUGUCAGCUCCGCAUACCACAGAGGUGGACGACAGUCGUGUUGAGGUUCCCGCCGAUGGAGUCCCCUCGGUAAGUAUUGCCGCUGCCGCUGGAGAAGGUGGUGAAAUGGAAGAAUUACCGGUCUCUGAGAUGACGGGAGCCUUGGGAGAAUUCAAUGGUAUUGCUGCCAAGCUUUCCGCUAAGUCUAUCCUGAAAUACGGUGCCAUUUUGUUUGGGGCUUUUGUGUUACAGACAAUUUUUUCCGUUUUGAUUAUGCUUGAUGAUGACUCGAAGCAGAAGGUUGGGGAUUCCAAUGUUGUUGUAAGAGAAAAGAGGAGCGUUUUGUUUGAUGGGAGUGGAAAAACCACGGGGGUUACUGGUGGGAGUGGUGUGAUUUAUUUGAAGGAUCGACUUGAGAUGGAUAAGAAAAUUGAGGAAAUUAAGCUAAUGGCAAGGGAAGCUCGGAGAAUUGAAGGAGAGAAGGAGGAAGAAAAAAUUGGAGAUCCUGAAAGUGAUGAUGAAAGCGCUGUUUCUAGUCAUAGACUUGGUAUUGAGAAAGAGAUUGGUGCACGCUUGUUGAAGUUGCAGGAUAGGGUGAAUUCUGAUAUGGAUAAAUCGGCAUUAUUAAAUGUUAUUAAGAAUUUGGGAACUUUUGUAAAAUCUACUGGUGGAGUGGCUAAGGACAGUAAGAAUGUGAACAAGGGAAAUGGGACAUUAAUGUUCAAGAAAAAGUUUAAAUAUAAAAGCCCUUCAACAAAACCAAGAAAGGCUCCCAAGGGUUUUUCAGGGACUAGAGACCACAAAGCAUCUGACGCAGAAACUAGAGAUUCAUCAAGUAAGGACAAGGCUAAAGCGCAAGAAAAUAGAAGCACUGCUACUGAUCAUGUGCAAAUAUCACAUGAAGACAAGCACGUAAAUCAACAAGAUGUUGAGGCACGGGAAACUGAUUCUAGCCUUUCAUUAAAUGGAGGAAAAUUGGCUGAUGAAGAAGCCAAUACAUUGCCGAAUACUGGGAAGAAUUCGGAAGAACUGAUGGCGAGACCAAAUGAAGGAACUGGAACACGAGGUAAAAAUGAUAGACGAAGCAAUGGUGGUACCCCGGAGGAUGGUUUUGGGAGGUCUUCAGUUGAAGUAACACGGUCAAGGAAAUCAAAAGAUUUGAGGACACAGAACACACGGGGUAUUGUAGGAGAAAAUCAGGAUGCUAGCCCAAAUUUUGAAAAGGGUGAUGGGCGGAGUAUGAAUGGGAAUCCGAAACAUGGAAUAGCUGAUAAUGUUUCUGCGGCUAAAAAUGUCAAAGUUAAGCAGGCAAACGCUGAGACUGAUAUGUGGUGGCUGAAUCUCCGUUAUGUUCUUGUCAUAGUAAUGCGAAGAGGUUCAGACAAAGAAGGACCAAGCGGACUGUAUAGCUUAAAGAUGACUUCUCAAGAAGAGGACCAGAAUUAUUAUUCCUAUAUUGUUGCUUUUGAGGAUCAUGCUGAUGCCAACAACUUCUGUUUUCUUCUGGAAUCAUUUUUUGAGGACUUGGGCGAUUUUAGUGCUGAUGCCGUUCCUAUGUCAAUACAAGAACUUCAUCAAGCAGUAAAAUCACACGCCAAGAAAGUAGUUGUUGUAAAGAAGAGACAGCUACAGCUUUAUGCUGGGCAACCACUUUCUGAUGUUGAGAAGACCUUGUGCUCUUUAGUAGAACAAUAUCAAAAUGUCCGUCGGGCUGAUACAAAAUACUCCUCCGAUCUUUAGUAUGAGACUUAAUUAACUAAUUUGAAUAGAUUAAGAAU